AUGGCUUGUUUGUCUUCUGUCUCCUUCUCUAUUUUGAUCAAUGGUAUUCCUUCCAAUCCAUUCCCUGCAAAGAAGGGUCUUAGGCAAGGUGAUCCCAUGUAUCCCUUUAUUUUUUCCAUUGGAAUGGAGUACCUCUCCAGAUGUCUCUCUGAGCUUCAGCUGAAUCUUGAUUUUAAUUAUCACCCUAGGUGUGAGAAAAUGGGGUUGACCCAUCUUAUGUUUGCUGAUGAUUUGUUGUUGUUCUCUAGAGCAGAUGCUCAGUCUGUCUCUUUGCUUUUCCAAGCUUUCUCUAAGUUUUCUGAAGCUUCUGGUUUAUCAGCUAACUUAGAUAAAAGUGAGGUGUAUUUUGGUGGGCUCCUUGAUUCUGAGCAGGAUGAGAUGAGAGAUUUGAUUGGGGUUGCUCCUGGUACUAUUCCAUUCAAGUACUUAGGGGUUCCUCUUUCUUCUAAAAAGUUGACCAUUGCUCAAUGCAAGCCCCUUGUUGAUAAAGUGACUGUUAGGAUUAAUGGUUGGUCUGCUAGGCACCUCUCCUAUGCUGUUUAUCUCCCAAAAGUUAAUGGUGACUGGAAUCUUCUUUCUCUUCCUGAGUGGAAUGUUGCUGCUAUCUCCAGACUUCUUUGGGAUCUUGCUCAUAAAGCUGACAAUUUAUGGGUGAAAUGGGUUCAUACCUAUUAUUUCAAAGAUAAACCUUGGUGGAAUAAACAUGCCCUUAGGAAGUGUUCUUGGGUGCUGAGUAGAAUUCUGAAAUGUAGAACUGUUAUUGAUAAUAUUGGUGGUUGGGAUGCUGUUAAACAAGUUUUACUAAGGUCAUUUGGGAAAGGAUUUUGGCUAUCUUUGGUUGCAACAGAGAAACUCCUUGAUCUUUACAGGAGUUGCAAAUCUAGUGAAGCUGUGCUCAGAGAUGUAUUAUUUGUUGUUGCCUGUAGAUGUUCUAGUUCUGACAUGAAUUUGCUGAUCCUAGUUGUUGUAAUGCCUAUUUUGUCUAGUCCUGCUGCUUUUUGCAGCUGA